CAUAGAACACUGCAACUCAGUAGAUUCCAUAUCUUGUCCUCUCUUUCCUCACAUCUGCCCUCUUUUUUCAUUUCCAUCAAUUUGUUAUUCGGACAGACAACAAGGGCUUCCUUCCCUUGCCUGCUCCUUCUAUAGCCGUACGUGCACCCAGCACUUACCUUGCUUUUAAUAUUCUCCUUCGGUCGAGAUUCCUCACUCUCUCGGGUCUCGACGCAUCUUGACUUGGUUGUCUUUCGUUUCUGCAACCGAGAAAUCUCAAAUUCCGCCUAUAUCAGACAAAACUAUACUGUCAGCGCCAUCAUCAUGCGUACUGCAGUUUUGGCCUCCGCCGCUUUAAGCGUCACUGCUGCUGCGGCGGGCCGACUCAAGAAGAGAGAAAUUGAACCAGUCACAAUCAGAGGCAACGCUUUCUGGCGAGGUGACGAGCGUUUCUACAUGCGGGGUGUCGCAUACCAACCUGGUGGCGCCUCCAAUGUUUCGGACCCAAUCGCUGAUACCGCUGGAUGUUUGCGGGACGUGGAAAACUUCAAGAGAUUGGGUCUCAACACCAUCCGUGUCUACACGGUGGAUAACACGGCAAACCAUGACGAGUGCAUGGAAGCUUUGGCAGAUGCUGGCAUCUACCUCGCCCUCGAUGUGAACACCCCAUUGUAUUCCAUCAAUCGUGCCGAUCCUCAUCCAUCGUACAAUGCCGUCUACCUGCAAAACAUCUUCGCUACCAUCGAUGUCUUCCAGGAGUAUGACAACACGCUGCUUUUCUUCUCUGGAAACGAAGUCAUCAACGAUCCCGAGACAUCCAACACCGCCCCUUAUAUCAAGGCGGUCACUCGUGAUAUCCGACAAUACAUCCGGAACCGGGGCUAUCGUUCAAUUCCUGUCGGCUACUCGGCCGCUGAUGUUGGCGAGAACCGCAUGGAGACUGCCCAGUACAUGAACUGCGGCACUGAAGAUGAGCGUUCUGACUUCUUUGCCUUCAACGAUUACUCUUGGUGCUCACCAUCUGAUUUCAUCACCGCUGGCUGGGAUCAAAAAGUCCAGAACUUCACGGGCUACGGGCUGCCCAUCUUCCUCUCCGAGUAUGGUUGCAACACCAAUACUCGUGAUUGGGGUGAGGUUACCUCUCUCUACCACACCAACAUGACUGGAGUCUACUCUGGUGGUCUUGCCUACGAGUAUACCCAAGAGCCCAACGACUAUGGUUUGGUCGAGCUCGGUCCCAACGGUGAACUCGAGGAGCUUGAAGAUUUCCAGGUUCUGGCCGAUGCCAUGGCCGCAACAUCGGAUCCUCCUGGUGAUGGUGGCUACGACUCCCAAACCGCUGUCUCGGAAUGUCCCCCCUUCAACGACCCCAACUGGCUUGUCCGGUCUGACUCUCUCCCCGCUAUUCCUCAAGGAGCCCUGCGGUACAUGGACGAAGGCGCUGGUGAUGGCCCUGGCUUGAGCGGCUCAGGCUCUCACUUUGCUGGUGGUGCUUCGACUGGAACCGCCACUGCGGGCAGUGGAGAAGCCACAAGAACUGGCUCAGCCGGUGGUGGCUCCAGCACCUCUGGUGGUGAAAGUGGCUCAGAGAGUGCUGCCACGUCUUUGCUCACUUCUCGGUCUGUUGCUCCCAUCAUUUGCGGCGCCAUCGUGGUACUUUCCUCUUUGCUGGGAUCUUCUUUGUUGUAGAUGGGAUCAUAUGAGGGCAAUUUGAGCUCAUAGAAAAUGUGCAGCAUUUGACGGACGAGGAAAAGGGACAUUGGCUGUUACACAGUGCCAUGGGCCAUGGAGUUGUCAAUGUCAUUUUGUUUGUAUAGAGUCUUGCAACGCUGGUAUCUCUUCUUGGAAGUAUUUUGAAUCAGAAGGCCA